CCUCUGUGUCCUUCAGCUGGCAGCACACUGACCGGCAGCCGGCGCCUCCCGGGGCGCAUGCGCCGCUCGGAGCCUCCCCGCUCUGCGUCCGCGGGGUCAGAGGGCACGGGGAAGGUCGGGGAAGGGUCCGCGUGGGUGGCCAGGCGGAGUGUCCCCGUCCAGCCCUCGGUGCCCCUGCACGGUCACGCGUGACAAGGCCGAGAGCGGGUGGCGUCCCUAGGCAAGGUCACCGGGCCUUCGUGGCCGGCGGGUGGUGAUGGCGAUGACUGAGGGCUGCAGGCCUGUCCACUUGGCGUGUGUGGCUAUGAGCGCCCCCCCGCAGCCCGGCGUGUCCUUCCCGGUGGAUGUUGGGGACAGUCCAUAGCUGAUGCGCUGCCUGUCGUCUGCCGUGCUGUUGCGGGCCCUGGUCCGGGCCGCCCGCACAGGACCUCAGGCGGGCAGGAGCCUCCACGGCAGUGCAGUGGCCGCCACCUACAAGUACGUGAACAUGCAGGAGCCGGAGAUGGACAUGAAGUCGGUGACCGACCGGGCAGCACGUACCCUCAUGUGGACCGAGCUCAUUCGAGGGCUUGGCAUGACCCUUAGCUACCUGUUCCGUGAGCCUGCCACCAUCAAUUACCCAUUUGAGAAGGGCCCGCUGAGCCCGCGCUUCCGCGGGGAGCACGCCUUACGACGCUACCCAUCCGGGGAGGAGCGCUGCAUCGCUUGCAAGCUGUGCGAGGCCGUGUGCCCGGCGCAGGCCAUCACCAUCGAGGCAGAGCCCAGGGCUGAUGGCAGCCGUCGGACGACACGCUACGACAUCGACAUGACCAAGUGCAUCUACUGUGGCUUUUGCCAGGAGGCCUGCCCUGUGGACGCCAUUGUGGAGGGCCCCAACUUUGAGUUCUCCACGGAGACGCACGAAGAGCUGCUUUACAACAAGGAGAAGCUGCUCAACAACGGGGACAAGUGGGAGGCAGAGAUCGCGGCCAACAUCCAGGCCGACUACCUGUACCGGUGACCCCUCCGGCCGCCCUGGCCGCCCAAUAAAAGGCUCUGACCC